AUGAAGUUCUCCUCCGUCGUCACCGUCGCCCUCAUGGCCACUUCGGCCGCGGCCUUCCCUAUGAGCCCUGCCCAGCGCGACUUGGAGCAGUUCGACGGCCUCGACGGCCUGAUGAAGCGCGAGGCUGAGCCUCAGAAGCUUAAGGUCGACAGGCGCGAGCCCCAGAAGCUCAAGGUCGACAAGCGUGACCCUGAGCCCCAGAAGCUCAAGGUUGAUAAGCGCGACCCGCAGAAGCUCAAGGUCGACAAGCGCGAGGCUGAGCCUCAGAAGCUCAAGGUCGACAAGCGUGAGCCCCAGAAGCUCAAGGUCGACAAGCGUGAAGCCGAGCCCCAGAAGCUCAAGGUCGACAAGCGUGAAGCCGAGCCCCAGAAGUUGAAGGUCGACAAGCGCGAGCCCCAGAAGCUCAAGGUCGACAAGCGUGAAGCCGAACCCCAGAAGUUGAAGGUCGACAAGCGUGAGCCCCAGAAGCUCAAGGUCGAUAAGCGCGAGGCUGAGCCUCAGAAGCUUAAGGUCGACAAGCGUGAGGCGGAGCCUCAGAAGUUGAAGGUCGACAAGCGUGAGCCCCAGAAGCUCAAGGUCGACAAGCGCGAGGCCGAGCCCCAGAAGCUCAAGGUUGAUAAGCGCGAGCCCCAGAAGUUGAAGGUCGACAAGCGUGAAGCCGAGGCGGAUCCCCAGAAGCUCAAGGUCGACAAGCGUGAGCCCCAGAAGGUCAAGGUCGACAAGCGCGAAGCUGAGCCCCAGAAGCUCAAGGUCGAUAAGCGCGAGGCCGAGGCCGAUCCCCAGAAGCUCAAGGUUGACAAGCGUGAGCCCCAGAAGUUGAAGGUUGACAAGCGUGAGGCCGAGCCUCAGAAGCUCAAGGUCGACAAGCGUGAGGCUGAGGCCGAUCCCCAGAAGCUCAAGGUUGACAAGCGUGAGCCCCAGAAGCUCAAGGUCGACUAA